AUGUACGGGUUCGUCUCCGCCGCGCCGCUCACCGCCAACCGCCAUGGUGCGGUCCUUGCGGAGCAGCGCUCCUCCUUCAGCAAUGGCGCAUCUCUUCGCGUCGCCGUUCGUCGUCCUGCGGCUCGGAUUAACAUGGCCACCAUUGACAAGAGCAAAAUACCGCUCAAUGUCUACCGUCCCAAGAAUCCGUAUACCGCCAAGGUGCUGUACAACGAGCGCAUUGUCGGCGAGGAUGCCCCCGGAGAGACGAUGCACAUGAUCUUCAACCACGAUGGAAACGUGCCGUAUCUUGAGGGACAGUCCAUUGGUAUUGUGGCGCCAGGCACAGACAAAAAGGGAAGGCCGCACAAGCCCCGUUUGUACUCGAUCGCGUCUACGCAGCACGGAGACUUUGGAGAUGGUAAGACUGUGUCUCUAUCGGUGAAGCGCCUCGUAUAUCAGGAUGCUGAUGGCAACGAGGUUAAGGGGGUGUGUUCAAACCAUCUCUGCGACCUCAAGGCAGGAGACGACGUGAAGAUCUCAGGUCCCGUUGGUGUGACGAUGCUUAUGCCUACAGAUCCCAAUGCCACACUCAUCAUGCUUGCUACAGGUACUGGGGUGGCACCGUUCCGUGCAUUCAUGCGCCGGGCAUUCAGUGAGGACAAUCCGGAUUACAAGUUCACGGGGACAAUGUGGCUGUUCCUCGGUGUGCCGACGGCAUCGACAUUGCUGUAUCAGCAGGAAUUCGAGGAGAUGAAGGCCAACUUCCCCGAGAACGUGCGUCUGGACUACGCUAUUUCGCGUGAGCAGACUGACCCUGACGGCAACAAGAUGUACUUGCAGAACCGCAUGAAGGAGUAUGAGGAUGAGCUGUACGAGCUGUUCCAGAAGGACAACACAUACGUAUACAUGUGUGGGCUGAAAGGUAUGGAGAGCGGGAUCGACGGCUUCAUGACGUCGCGAUUUGAGAGGGACGGGAAGGAUUGGAUUGCAUACCGCAAGUCGAUGAAGAAGGCCAAGCGCUGGGAGGUUGAGACUUACUAA